AUGAACAACAUCAGAAAGCCAUUUAUCAGUGACUGGCAUCAAUUAUCUGUCAAUGAUUUAAGUCCAUUACCCAUUCCUCAUAGUCUGAAUGAACUACCAGCAAAGGUUGAUGUCCAAGUCAAAAUAACCCAUAGCGGAAAAGAAUACAUAUUUCCAGGACUUGGAUCGGUUCCAAAAGAUGACGAUAUACCUACUGAGUAUGGUGGAGUGGCGUAUGCAUACAACUCAUCACAUGUCCUGCUGUUUGUUCCUGUCAUUAAAUCGAGUUUUGGCGGAGGUAUAGGGCGAGUUAUAACUACAGGUAGUGACUCAUAUAAUGGCCCCUUUGUUGGAUCUGCUAGCACCUGUAAGGUACGCAUAAGGGCUUGGGGGCUAUCCGACUGGCCAAAACCUGACUUUAGUAUUACUGCCGGACUGACGAUCUCUACAGCAAGUCCAUACAAAAAGGUACACCAUUGCUUGGGAACCUAUCCAGACUUCGUAACAGUCCAGCUCUUAAUGCCGGGAGGACUUGUUUCAGAGGGUCUAAAUGACUAUGUAUCAUGCUUCAGAGACGGGUGGGGGGACUUUCCUGAAAUCGUUGCUGACACUGCUGACGUCAUUAUCCGAGCUUGGAUGCUUUCGUCAUCAGAUAUACUGAACACUAAUAACUUUAGUUAUGUCAAAGGUGACGCUGUGCCUUGGGCAGGAGUGAUAUCUAUGACAAACGCAAUUGACCUAGACUUUCACAUAGUCAAUGUUGAGAUCAAGGACACAACAGUUAGCAAAGGAAAGGUAUUUUACGGAGCCGGAUCUGCCAAUAUGGGAUACUCAGGGGAGUCCUAUGGGGGAGUGGUUUUUGGCUUCACACAAUCAGAUGUUCUUUUAUGGACACCCAGCACUAGUGUGGUUGGGGGAAAUCUUAUCUACAUUGGUGGCUUGUGGGGAGAUGGUACAGAGAAUAUGCAGAUCAACAAUGUUCAGAUAACAGUCAAAGUAAUAAAGGCUGGGUUUACAGAGUGGCCAUUGCCUCAAGAUAUUCCAAAUACAAUCAAAUUAUAUAAUGGAGUGAUAGCCGGAAGUAAGACGUUAUAUGCUUGUACACCUGGAUUUUCCAGUAAUGGAGGUUCCGUUGAGAGUUCGUGCAAUGGAACAUCAUGGUCUGAUACCACUGUAGCCUGUUCAGCAGCAACAGACUGCCCAAGUGUCAUGCCUUCAACUGCUCAAUCGCAAUCAACAGUACCACCAGAUACGAAAUUAUCAACCGUAACACCAGAUACGAAUAGUAUCAAGGAAUUCGAUACGAUCAUAGCUGAACUCAAAGUACCCAAAGUGAACACCAGUGCUUUUAGAAGAAGUUUAACUUGUGCGUAUGAUUCACGUGAGAGUUCUAUGGCUAUAGGAAGCUCUGGAGUUUCUGUGGAAUCGUAUCUGCGGGGUCGUGUUUGCGGUAACUCCGAACUCAAUCACUCUCUGGGCUCCGAGUAA